AUGCGACAGGCUCAGAUAUUUCAUUAUGCUAAUGGGAACAAUCAGCCUCCAACUUCUAUUGACUUCGACAAAUCUCUCUUAAAGGAAUUAUUAUUCAACCGAAGUCCUGCCAAGGAUGUUGCAUUAGCUUCAGUAUCGAUGAGGCCAAUCCCUUUUUCACCAGUUUUGGAGAAGCUCUCUCUUUCUGAGACGAAAUAUGGCUCCGUGAGACGUUUUUAUAUUGAAACUCCAGAAGACAAUGCUAUACCUAUUGCUGUACAGGAAAGUAUGAUAUACAAAAGUCCCCCAGAGAGUGUAUUCCAUCUUAAAGGUGCUGAUCACUCCCCUUUUUUCUCAAAACCUCAAGCAUUGAAUAAACUUCUGGUGGAAAUCUCAAAGAUCCCAUGA